ACAAAGACGACGUUCAGUCACAUUUACAUUCACAUCCUAUCUCUGAAUCUCUCCUCCUCUCUUUACCCUAUCCUCUCUUUCUGAAAACAAAAUCAUCAAAGAAACGAAGAAAAGAUCCAACGAUGGAGAAAAACUGCAGCUUCAUAUCGUGCGAAAAGAUAGAUCGUGCGGCCAACUGGGUAGGCUCCAACGUAGCCUCCGCCUUCUUCGCCUCACUGGAACGCUGCUCCUGUAUCAACCUCGGCACCACCGACCUCGAAGAAGACGAAAUCGACGAGGCCCAUGACCGACCUUUCUUGCUCUCCAAGCCCAUCAUCUCUGACUCUGAACCCAACAAGCCCAAACCCACCAUCGCUGUAGCUUCCAAUUGAAACCUAUAUAGAGUUUGUCUGUGAAUUAUUUUUUUUCUUUCUUUUGUACAGUAAAUCCCACGGUUUUUGGGGUUUCAAUUUCAUUGUUGCUUUAUGAAAAAUACUAGGUUGUGUUUGCUAUUCGUAUUCUUUUGUUGUAAAAAAUUAAUUAAAAAAAAUGGGGAAAACAAUUUGGUGUCAA